AUGUCUGCUUCUCACGAUUCUCAUGUUCUUGGAGGCUACAAGGCUACCCUUUCAAACCCAAACACCAGUGACGAGGCUAAGGCUCACGCCGAACAAGUUCUUGCGGAUGCUGGCGUUAAUGAGUCCCCAAACACGACUGGAAGCAGCGAGCACGAGAACCGAGUGAUGGGAGGAUACAAGGCUACGUUAUCUAACCCAAACACUAGUGAAGAGGCAAAGGCACACGCAUCCGAAGUUCUUGACCAGGGAACUACCGCUACUUCGGCCCCCACUGGAGGUAACGAACACGAAAACCGCGUCCUUGGAGGCUACAAGGCCACAUUAUCUAACCCCAACACUAGUACGGAAGCCAAGGAACAUGCAAAGGAGGUCUUGGGCCAAGCUGGUACCAGUGCCGACACUACUGGUUCCGGAGAAACAACUUCUGAGCACGAGAAGCGCGUCCUUGCCGGUUACAAGGGUGUCCUGGCCAAAGACAACACUUCUGAGGAGGCCAAGGAGAAAGCCAGGGCUAUUCUAUCCGAGGCUGGUGAACUCCACUAA